AUGAGGGUCCUGGUCUUCACAGUGGAAGGGUCCCUAGAACAGGCCAGCAGGAAGACUAAGAAGAAGGAAGGGGGGGGCCUACGGGCCCAGAGGGCAUCAUCCAACGUCUUCUCCAACUUUGAGCAGACCCAGAUCCAGGAGUUCAAGGAGGCAUUCACACUAAUGGAUCAGAACCGAGAUGGCUUUAUCGACAAGGAGGACCUAAAGGACACCUACGCCUCACUGGGCAAAACCAACAUCAAGGAUGACGAGCUGGAUGCCAUGCUCAAGGAAGCCUCGGGGCCCAUCAACUUCACCAUGUUCCUGAAUAUGUUUGGGGCAAAGCUGACAGGUACGGAUACUGAGGAGACCAUCUUAAACGCCUUCAAGAUGCUGGAUCCUGAUGGCAAAGGCAGCAUCAACAAGGACUACAUCAAGCGGCUGUUGAUGUCCCAGGCAGACAAGAUGACCGCCGAAGAGGUGGACCAGAUGUUCCAGUUUGCUACCAUCGAUGCUGCAGGCAACCUGGACUAUAAGGCAUUGAGCUACGUGCUCACCCACGGGGAGGAGAAGGAGGAGUGAGGGGCACCCCCCAUCCCCACCUGGGCUGCAGCCAGUUCAAUAAACAUGAACCCAUAAACCUGC